AGCCAUAUGCGUGUCACCGACACCCAGCACCCAAAAGUGGAAUGCCGUGUGUUCAAAUAUAGAACCACCACGCAAGUUUAGAAUAACAACUAACCGAAACACCCAGCAUGCAACAUAGGGAAGCGACCUCUACAACAUUGACGACUGCCGAUUCUUCCUCACGUUCGUCGGCUUCAUUCGGGCCAGGCCCGUUCCGCCUGUUGUUGUCCUUUCGUUUUCGUCCCUCAUUCUCCCGUACUUUCCCCUUUCACAAAAAUGUGCGUUCAUGUGUCGUUUUUGGGACACCGAAAAAUUACGUCCCUCCCGAAACACAGUACUGCACACGGGGCGCCGUUCCUGGACGGGCUUUUCGGACGGUUGAUCAGAUGUGCGCGAUAGCAGUUGGCAUCUGUUUUUGUUUGGCAGUUGAAGUUUCGAAGUGCAAAGAGCGUCAUGUCGUCGGCGCUAGACCGCUUCCCAGUUGAGGUAAUGUGCUGCAUCUUCGACCAACUGUCCGGGCCGGAACGACGCCCACUGCAUCUGGUGUGCCACGGCUGGUACCGGAUGUUGACCACGAAACACUAUCUGCUGGGGCGGCGGCUACGGUUGAACCCCGAAAACGUGGAGCUGUUCGAGAUGAACGGCGAGGAUGUGCGCAAAUUUCCGUGCGUACGCGUACGCGACGACGAAUCUAGUCCAAGAUCUGUGAACAGAAGGAACUUUCUCAGCCUACUGCGCAGGGUGGUGUUUGGGAAGAAUGUGCUUGAAAACGUGCAAGAGCUAACGCUGGAAGGAGUUCAAAGUGAUCUGCUGGCUGAGUUGUUUGGUGGUUGUUUAGUGCGAUUUCCGAAUCUGAAGGUGCUGGUUCUGAAUUGUUUCGAGUUUGAUGCGUUGCAUGAUGUGAGGAAGUGGAAUCUGUCAACAUCUCUAACAUCUCUGGAGAUUUCUGUUAGCAAACAAGAAGAAAUACAAUUAAUUGAAGCAGUAGCAGAACAGCUGACAGUGUUGUGCAUUGAAACUAUAAGAUUAAACCUGCUGCUCAAGUGCUGUGAUGUUGGAAAUUUCAACAAACUACGAACGUUAAAACUCAAGUCAGACACGUUCUUUCCAGAGCGAUUUUCUAGUCCAAAUGAUAUAAGUGAUAAUUUUAAGAAAACUUUAGCACAAAUAACUACGCUUAGCAUUGUGUUUCGUCACAACGACUUUCUACUUGGUUAUGCGCCACUUUUGCAUUAUUGUACAAAACUGGAGUCUUUAUCAAUUUUUGGAGCUGAUUUGUGUGUUGCGGCCUGUAAUGUGAUAAGACAACUGAGUUGCUUGAAGAAACUGGAGCUUCUGGUUCGCAUCGAAAAGGAUGACUAUCUGCUACCGUGGAACUUACCAAAUCUAGCAAAUCUUCACACGUAUGUGGAGAAUUUGGCACCCCUUGGCGAGGACUCGCCAGCACUGGCAACGAUUCGCAUCUCAAACCACACAAUCCGCGAGGGACGAUUCAGCAAUCGACCCGUUGAGAGAUUUUAUCUCAACAGAUACUUUAGUCACUUUGAAUCGAUUCUCAAACUAUUUCUGUACGAUGUCUAUCUGGAGGAGGAUUUGCUGCUCCAGUUCCCAAAGAUGAAAGUUCGCGAAAUCAUACUGCGCUGCGUGCGAACGAGCUCGCUGAUCCUGGACAUCAUCUACGAGCGGGCACCGGCGAUCUUCUAUCUGCGCUUUUGGGACUGCUGCUUUCUGGUGAGCCCUCGGGCCAAAAUUCCAUCCUUCGAAGCCCUGGGCCGUCUGCUGCCGCACGUUCGCAUCUCGCAUUCCAGUAGCAAGAUCAUCGCCACCAGCAGCUCAACCGCCGCCCUGGACCACGACCUGCCGACCAUCCUCCUCAGCUGAGGGGAAAACGCAUGCCCCGGGGCGGAUCGAUUCAUCGAUUUUUAAGAGAGCGAUCACAAUUUUCAAGAAAAAGUUUCAGCUCC